AUGAAGCAAUUUAAAUAAUUGAAAAACUUUAACUAUUAUGUUGCAAGUUACCACAUUUUACUUGAAAUACAUUUUAUUAAGUUUAGCAAAUUGUGGUUGUAUUUGAUUCAUUUGAUUUCAGAAUUUUAGAUUUUUGGAGUUGUUGUGUUAAAUUUAAACCAAGAAUUACUUCAAUUACCAUUGAUGAAUAUUGAUUACGGUUUGAAUUUUCUUUCGAUGAUUUCAAGGCCUUAUAAAUUAAUUUUUGAAGAUAACUUUUUUUACUAUUCCUACAUAAUUCCAUUAGCAUUGAUCUCCUUAUACAUAUUCCACUAAUUGAUUACAUUUUUUCUAUUUUCCAACCAGUCAUCCAAAAGCAUAAUGGAAUACGUGAUGAAGAGCAAUAAUAUUAAACUUAUUUUUCAUAGUUUUAGUUUAGUGUUUUUAUCGAUUUUUGACAAACUACUAUGCAUACCCUGCAUUCAGUUGGCGUGUUAUUCAAUUCAAACAAACAUUAGCAAGGGCUUCUUUGGAGCUACAGAGUUUAUUAACACGCUGUUUUCACUGUUGACCCUUAUCCUCAUCUUGUGGAUUCAAUUAUUAUAUUUAAUGUUUGUGAAGGAGGCAAUUACCUUACAUUUGUUCAAUUUUAAAGUGCUUAUAUUUCAGGGACUAGAUUACUUUUACACAUUUCUAAUUUACUUUAUGGUGAUAAUUGACUGCUUGACUUUAGAAAAAGAGGUCAAGAAUUAUCUAAUUGUUAUUUUAUUUGUAUUUUAAUCAGUUUUUAAAUUAAAUUAAUUAUUAAAAAAAUAUCAAUACGUUAGCAACAUACAAGAUUACUUAAUCAAUUUGAAUGUAGCAUUUAUAUCCAUCUCAACAAUUUUAAUUGGGAAUAAUUUUAUUGAAGAAAAGCAAAAUUUAAUAAUCAUAAUAAUUAUAAUACCUAGCCUAACCAUAGCAUUAAGUUAAUCAAUAAUCAAAAAGAAAGAUUUCCAUCUCCUUGUUAGGCUCCCAGAAAAUCAAACCACUCAAACACAACAAUAUUUAAUCACUGUAUUUUCAUCCAAGAAUCAAUUGAAUCGAGUUUAAUAAUUCACUCUCUCCUUAUUUUUAUUUCAUCAUAAGAAUAAUUGCAUAGAUAAGUCAUGUGCAUGUAAAAAAUAAGGAUCGGAAAAUGAAAUAAAAUUAAAACAACUAUACUUGAGGCAAUUAAUCUUAGAUUUUGGCAAAUCUAUCAAUAAAUUAACAGAUUAAGGACUUAAGGGAUUCUUCUGUCUAUUUUAUAUCUAGAGUCUCAUAGCAAUAAACUAAUCAGUCAAGGCGUAUCAGCAAACUAAUAUCUUAUUACUCAAGCAAAGCGUUCAUUCAAUGAGUGACCAGUAAAAUAUCUUUAGUGAACAAACUACUUAUUCAUUGACGGUUGAAGAGAAUUAGAAUGUCUAUAAGAAGAAGAGCAACUCUGAUAUGAUCCAUAGACUUGAAAAGAUCUCCUUAAAUCAUAUCUCCUACAUUAAUCAAAUUAAAAUCAGUAUUAUAUUAGAGAUAGCCAAAUAAAAUUUAAUUUCGAGUUUUAGUUUUGGGAAUGUAAUCUAAAAGACUCAAUUAAGUCAAAGUGUUCAAUUAUUUAUGAAAGUCGAGGAGCAACAUCAACAAUUGAAGCAGAAUAUCACAAAUAUUAUAAACAGAAAGAAAGAUAUAUUUAUGAUAAUGUCUUCAACUAAAAGAUUGAAUCCAGAAAGAUUCUUGCAUCAAUGCCUAGAUCUGAUCAGAAGAAUAAACUUUAUGGAAAAUGAAUUACAGCAUUUGUUUUAAGAGUUCCCAAGCAAGAAAAUGCAAUCUAUAUAUUCAUUUUACUGUGCUGAAAUCUUAAAUAAUUUUAUGUAAGCUUACAGGAUUAUUAACUAUAAUGCAAUAUCAGAUAAUGCUUUAAUAAAGAUUUAAAGAAAUUACUAAGUUGAUUUACUAACUACUUAAUUACAUUACAUGAUCUUAAUUAUGGAUCAUUAAGGGACAGGUUUGUAGAUAGUGGAAAGAUCACAUUAAAUGCAUAAGAUAUUUGAUUAUGAUUAAUAAGAACUGAAGGAAAUCAAAUCUAUUCUAUCAUUAUUGCCAAGAGGAUUUUAAUCCAUACACAAACACUUGAUUGAAGAUUUCUUAAUCUCUGGGAGAUCAAAAUUCUUCAGAGAAUAAAAUGUGAAUUUAAUUUUAUAAAGAGAUUCCUUUUUAUGCCCAGUAGAUUUUUUCUUUGAUUUUGAUCUAACAAAAUUAUAAGAAUUGACUUUCUAAGUGUUUUUCUCUGAGAACAAUGGAGUCAACUCAUAUCUUAUCUUAAAUAAUAAACAUCUAAUAUUAGGUGUAACCAGGGAAUUCUGUAAGCAAUUAAAACUUUAGGAGAUUGAGUAGUCAAAAUUGCCAGAUUUGUUAUAUUUAACGGAUAUUCAAUUAAUAAUACCGGAAUUCUUCAAUUUAAUUGAUAACAAUAAAAUUGGUAAAAGUCAAUCUUUCUCCAAUGUUUAAAUUGUAUACAAUGAUAAAAACCAAACUGUUUAAAAAUCUUUAUAAAAUGAGAGUGCUUAGAUUAAGAAAAAUAAUGAUUAAAUUAGAUUUUAUUAUGCAAACAUAGUUGUUACUAAUAAACUAACACAUUCAAUUAUUGAAAUCAAAAAUGUUGUAGAAUCGAAAAAGUCGAUAUAAUAGGAAUCCAAUGAUUUCGAUAAUUUUGAAUAAGAACACUACGAAUUUAUUGAAGAAUUUCAUAUACAAUAGCCUAAUUUGUAUAAUAAUGAUUUAUUUCCUAAAUUAAAAAAGGAAAUAGAAGUCCAAAAUGAUUGUUAUAUUUAGGAAGAAAUAAAUGAAAAUACUGAUUAAAUAGAUACUAAUAGAAUUGUAUCACUGCAAUAACGGCAACUAAUUUCGGAAUCCAUAUAAUAAUAUGACUUAAUUAGUCCUGGCAGAAGUAAUAGUUUUGCAACUCACUAAAUGAAUCUGAGUUGUUAACAAAGAUUCUUUUAAAAUUAAAAUGAGGAGAAAGAAAAGGAAUAAUCACAAUCCAACCAAUCGCAUGUUGAGAGAGGAUUUGCAAAAUAUAAUAAUGAAUAAAACUAAUUAAAUGCUGAAAUCAGAGAAAAUUUAAGAUAAUAAUUAAAUGAAGAAAAUUAGACAUCUUUACAAGCUAAGAAAAUUAAUUUGGAUAAUGCAGCAUCAAGCACUUUGGGAACGUUUUCAUAAAACUUUUAGCUGUUUAAAAAGUAUGAUUUGCUGCAAUAGAUUGUCUCAUCUGUUAAAUUCUCUAUUAUGUUCGAUUUAAUGAUUUUCUCACUUUUAAUUGUGUCAUUGAUAUCAAUUAUCUUUGCGAUCAUCUUAAUUAAUAAUUCGAGUACAGACAUCUAUAGUGCCUUGAGUUAAAUGUAAAUGUUAGAAUUCUACACUUCGUUUAUGAACCCUUGCUAUUUAUUUUUAUCCUCAUUUGCUUCUACGUAUAAUUACAUGAAUGGAUCAUUUGAACAUAAUUAGCAAUAGAGCAUAUCAUCAUUAAUACAAUAUCAUUAAUUUACUAUAAACCAAUCAUUCGUAAAUAUUAAACAAAGUUACUCCUUAUAAUCUAAAGGUAAUUUGCUUCAGUAAGACCUUUCAACUACUCUAAUGGACUUUAAAUACAUUGAAGGCAAUGAAUUUACAAGUGAAUAAAUUUCAUUAAGAGAAGCAAUUUUUCAAAUCAUCCAAUACUAAUAUAAUUUUUAAUCCAUUUUUACAUAGGAGAAUGGUCUAGAUCAAAUGAUAUAAUAGUUAAUAUCAUAUUUAGUAAAUUUGGAUGAUGUCAAUAAAGAAAUUCUUAACUUAAACACUGAAAUAGUAACGUAUAUUAGUGAUAAUAAUUUGUUAUUAUAAGAAAAGUGGAUUUUACUUUGUCUUAGGUGCACUUAUUUAAUUCUAUUAUUUCAACUGUCAGCAUGGCUAUUGUACAUUAAACACAUACGGAAAUACUCCAAAGUCCUGAAGUUGUUUCAGAAAGUAGAUGUAGUUUGGGUGUUAAGAGACUUGGAAAGAUGCAAGGAGUUGUUGGGUUUACUUAAUAAAGAUUCCAAUUUAAUGUUCAGAUACAAGUUUAACAUAUUUUUGAAGGAAAGAUUCUUUAGAAGUGAAUUAUCAAAGAAACACAUAAUACAAGACAAGAUCAAGAGAACAGGAUUCAUGAAAUUGGAUUCGAAAUAAAAGCUAUUAUUAAGUAGACUGGGCAGUUUUAUUUUAUACUCAACUCUAUUUUGCGUUUUCUUUAUUUAUUCGUUCAUAAUGAACUUUUAAGGAAUUCAGUUUAUGGAUUACUAUCAAGAGAAGAGUUUGCAAUACAACCAAAUUGGAGAACUUGGAUUGUCUAUUCCUAAAGCUUAUAGUUUAAGAGAAAUAUUGUAUUUUAAAAGUAAUAACUUUAAUGGAUAUGAAUAUAUAUCUUAAAAUCUAACUGACCAAUAUUUACAAAUCAUACAAGGUAGUUUGGAUAGUUUGAGCAAUUUUCUAUAAACCUACACAAUUGCUGAUAGUAAUUACAAUGACUAAAACUUGUUGGACUUGAACAAUCAAACACUGUGUGAGGUUGAAAGUAUUUAGAAAACAUUUGAUUUGAAAUAACAAUUUUUAUGCAAACAACUCUAUGACAAUGUUAUGGAUAGAGGUCUAUCCAUAACUAUAAACAAAGUGAGAAACAUAUUACUGACAGAAAUGAAUAAUUCCUAAUUAUUUACUUAAAGAGCGAGUACACCAUUUAAUGAGAUAGAGAUUGGAAUUUAUUUGAGUGUGAUCAUUAUGGGUGUGUUGGACACCAUUAAAACAGGACUUUCAGAAGAAGCAGAUUAAUUAAAUAUGACUAUUUAAAUUGUAUCCAUUUUUUAUUUAGUGUUUACCUGCCUUAAGAUAUUGUUUGUUCUUAUAUUUGUUCGAAACCAGUAUUUUAUCGAAUAUUAAAACAUUAAGAAAUUAACAAUCUUGUUACCAUAGGCUGCAUUAUUUAUUGAUGAUUUAUUUGAAAGACAGCUCAGAUAGCUAAUUGCUAAAGAAAAUCUCGUUUGA